UAUAAAAAAAAAGCAUUUUAGAUAAAUAUCAAGUAGUAUAGACAAAUUUCGAAGACGUGAGGAAGAAGAAACAAAACUAUUCCAUAGAUCCAGUGCCAACGCUUUGAAAUUGAAUUAUAUUUGGCAAUAGUGAUAAUAUUGUGGCGCAAAUGUCAAACAGCGGCUAAAUAAUACAGCAAUCGACAAAAUUAAGCUUAGAACUUGUCUGUUCUUCGCACGGGCAACACGAGUUGUGUGAUUAUAUGACCGAUUUGAUAUUUCUAGACAAGGAUGGCACAACAACAUACAUUGCAGGAUGAUGAGAUGGAGAAAAUAUGUAGGUAUUCACGAUUUCAAUUCACGAUCAAAUGUCUGCACAAUCUUAUGCAAAUUAAGCCGAAACAAAAUUUUGUCUUCAGUCCGCAUAAUAUAUAUGAGGGACUUUUUGUUAUUUACUUGUCAGCCAGUGGUGCCACCGAGCAACAAUUGAAACGCACACUCGAAUUGCCUGACCAUAUUGAUCAAAAAGUAAUUAUAGACUGGGUAUUAAGAAGACUCAACAGGAAAAAUGAGGAAAUUGUAAAGUGGUCGAAUUAUAAUGACAAAAGAAUUUGUUGGAUUUCACGUAUGAAAUCUGUAAAUACAAAUAUGAAAAUUGUAUUUGGAAACGAAUUAAGAAUUGUAACUUUUCAUAGAAACCGUUUAGUUAAUUCAAAGAAAUUGAUAAAUGAAGAACUGAAAAUUAAAACAAUGGAUUAUUUCGAUCAGCCUGUGAAAUUUAACAAUAUCUGCGAGAAAAUGGAAUUUAUUCUAUCAACCAUAUUUUAUUUAAAUGACGAAAUUCCAUUUCAUACAGCUUUAUUUAAAGACAAAUCUACAAAUUGCAACAAGAUUAGACCGAUAAGAAAAGUUUUAUGCGCUGCGUCUUCUAAACUAAUGAUGUUCAUGAAAAAAAUACUAUUAAGCAACGACGAUGACUUGUCGCUUUUCCAAUUUGCUCCUAUUAUUGGGGCAGAACAGAAAGAAUGGAAAGUAGAUGAUAACAAAUUAUCAGAAUUAGUCGAGAGAUUCAUGACCAAAGAAGGAUCUGAAGAGCUUCGCAAAGUGCUGGAUAAUCCCGAGUCGUUAACUGAAAUGAAAAAAGAAAUGCCUAUACCUUUAGAAAUUUUUGAAAUGCAGAACGAACUGGAAAUCGACAAACUAUUGGAUAAAUUGGGCAUUCAAGAUUUAUUAGAACCCGACAAGGCCACUCUAUCCAAUUUCACUAAACAAAAUCUGCUCCUCGGCGAUGUCAAGCAUUACGCGCAUAUUUGUAUGACACCAAAUGAGGUCACUGCUGACGCAGUUAGCAUGUUCUUUACAAAAGAAGGAGGAUCUCUUAAUCAAAUCAAAGACAUUAGUAUAUGGAAAAAAGUAAAGAAUAAGUCACUUUGGCUGCUGUAUUGUAAAAAACGACACACCAUUCUUUUCAUUGGUAUUAUGAAUGAAGAUAAAUAAUCUUUAUUGCAAAAUUUUCCUUAGAACAAAAAUGUAUUCUCGAUUGAAAUUUUAAUAGCACAACUAAUCUCCACAGUAUGAUACGUUUUUAAUA